CUGCCAUCUCAGCUCUUUGCCGAGGCGACAUCAAGCCCUCAGCAAAAUAAACUAGCACGGAGGAAACUGACAGAAGGGGCGUGGGUACCUAUAGUUUUAUUUCAGUUUGCAUAUGGGCAGCGCCUUAAUCCUACUUCCAGAAGCAGGCCCCGACCGUGGCUCCUGGCCAGAAGCAUGGAGCCCGGGUGCCCUGAGCUGCUGGAGCCCCCAGAAGAUAUCUUCUCAACAGGAUCCUUCCUGGAGCUGGGACUCAACUGUCCUCCGUCAAAGGGCCUUCAGAAGAGCGAACCUGACGAUUUUCUGAACCUCCUCAUUGAUCCCAAUAUGGUAUACUGCUCAGAAACAUCUCCUGGUAGUGACAGUUGUGUCUCUGAAGAGCCUAGCUCCCCUGCCCCACAGGCUCCAGGUUCCCCUGCCCUCUAUGAGGUUGUCUAUGAGGCAGGGGCCUUGCAGAGCACUCAACGGGAAGCAGGGUCAACCUUCGGACUCAUCUCCAUCCAGAUAGAUCAGUGGAGCCCUGCAUUUAUGGUGCCCGACGCCUGCACAGUCAGUGGGCUGCCCUCAGAUGCGCAUAGACAUAUCCUGCCUAGAGCCAGCACCAUAGCUCCAUCGCCUCCUGCUGCCCUGCUGUCCUGCCCACGUCUGUUCCUGACAGAUGAAGAGAAGCAUCUGCUGGGGCAAGAAGGGGUCUCUCUGCCCUCUCACCUGCCCCUCACUAAGGCAGAGGAGCGAGUACUAAAGAAGAUCAGGAGGAAAAUCCGCAACAAGCAGUCAGCUCAGGACAGCCGGCGGCGGAAGAAAGAGUACAUAGAUGGACUGGAGAGCAGAGUGGCAGCCUGUUCUGCACAGAAUCAGGAACUACAGAGAAAAGUCCAGGAGCUGGAGAGGCAGAACACCUCCUUGGUGGCGCAGGUCCACCAGUUACAGAUGCUCACUGCUCAGACCUCCAGCAGAGCUGCCCAGACCAGUACCUGUGUUCUGAUUCUUCUCUUUUCGCUGGCUCUCAUCAUCCUGCCCAGCUUCAGCCCCUUUCAGGGUCAACCAGAAGCUAGGCCGAAGGGUUAUCAGCCUCAUGGAGUGAUUUCCAGAAAUAUCUUGACUCAUAAGGACAUGACAGAAAGCCGAGAGAUUCCAGUGGUAAAGGCCAAACUGGAGGAGCCACGAGAAGUCCCAACUGCAAACGGCUCAGCAAAGACGCAGUUAAAGCUGGGGACCAAGGCUAGACCCACUGGGCACAUGAGGGGAACGCUGCACGCAGAUGAGAUGUAAGCUGAACACUUCCCGAUCACACAAGAACCCACACAGGCUCCCCUCGCUGUUUCAUCUGGAAUUCCCACUUGGGUGUCCAUACCCCUGGACUUCUAACUCACUCAGGAUACUAGGAGCUGUCUGUCCACAAAGGCCACGUUUGCUUCUAUGGCAGGGCACCUCAUAUAUUUCUGCCCUCCAUUUGUGAUUUUACUUCUUUGGGGAUGGGGUCGAGGGGAAGCAAGUUUUGACUCAGAAAUAAACUUUCUAGCUAAAAUUCUAUCC